GCUAACGGCUCAUUAGCUAGCCAAACACCGAGCGGUAACGUCCGCAAAGAUUGGAUUUAAAUCCGCGUUAACGGGUCCGCUGUGCGUCUGUUUACCGAACACGGGCGAAGAUGCUCCCUCCAACACGCGCUCACACACCUGCGCCUCAGGCCGUGCGAUGGGAGUUUGUCUCCGCGGGGGAAACAUCGAGCUGAAGAAUCGACAGCAGCCGCACCUGAACUGAACGCGCUCUAACGCACACCUGUGUGCCCUCACACACACACCCUCAGACCACAGAGGGAGUUGUUUUUUCACCUCCAGGUCAGACACUGCCGUCCCACGGUGCAUUGCUGCGUCACCGUCGUCCACCAUGUCGGACGCCCCCGAGGCUGCGCCCCCCAGCCCCCCCACCCUCACCAACCCGCCCCCGCCUGAGGUCACCAAUCCCACCAAACCCGGCAGAAAGACCAACCAGCUGCAGUACAUGCAGAACGUGGUGGUGAAGACUCUGUGGAAGCAUCAGUUCGCCUGGCCCUUCUACCAGCCGGUCGACGCCAUCAAACUCUGCCUGGCGGACUACCACAAGGUGAUCAAGAACCCGAUGGACAUGGGGACCAUCAAGAAACGUCUGGAGAACAAUUAUUACUGGAGCGCCAGUGAGGCGAUGCAGGACUUCAACACCAUGUUCACCAACUGUUACAUCUACAACAAGCCCACAGACGACAUCGUCCUCAUGGCUCAGGCUCUGGAGAAAAUCUUCCUGCAGAAAGUUGCUCAGAUGCCUCAAGAAGAAGUCGCUCUGCUGCCGCCGGCGCCCAAAGGGAAGAGCAAGAGCAAACAGCCCGCCGCGGCUACUACAGGUACUACAGUGAGUCAGCAGGCGGAGUCUUCAGCCUCUCCUCCCCCCUCGUAUCCCUCCCCCUCCCCCUCUCAAACACCUGUCAUCUCGACCACACCCACACCUGUCCAGACCACACCCCCUGUCGCUGCCCCGCAGCCCCCGGCAACCAUGAUGCCGUCUGCACAGCCUGUCGUCAAGAAGAAAGGUGUGAAGAGGAAAGCCGACACCACCACUCCCACAACGUCGGCCAUCUCUGCCGGUCGUGCAGACUCUCCGUCCGCUCAGGACACCAAACCUCCAAAACUGGGCUCGUCCCGCCGCGAGGCCGCCGCCCGCCCCGCUAAGGCCCGCAGGGAGACGGUUGAGGAAGUGGCGGGGGGUGAGGUGGGAGCCGGUGGAGGGGGAGCCGCUGGGAGGAAGAGCGGUAAGCUCGGUGAGCAGAUGAAACACUGCGACGCCAUUCUGAAGGAAAUGCUCUCUAAGAAACACGCCGCCUACGCCUGGCCCUUCUACAAGCCGGUGGACGCCGAGGCGCUGGAGCUGCACGACUACCAUGACAUCAUCAAACACCCCAUGGACCUUAGCACCGUUCGGAAAAAGAUGGAUAAAGGAGAGUACAGUGAUCCUCAAAGUUUUGCGACUGACGUCAGGUUAAUGUUCUCCAACUGUUACAAGUACAACCCUCCAGACCACGAGGUGGUGGCUAUGGCCCGCAAGCUGCAGGACGUGUUUGAGAUGCGUUUCGCUAAGAUCCCAGAUGAGGGCCUGGAGGCGUCGGUCCCGUCUACAACGCCUUUGGUCAGUAAAAGCACCGCCUCCUCUGACAGCAGCAACAACUCCUCCUCCGACGAAUCGUCCGACUCAGAGGAGGAGCGAGCCACGCGAUUGGCUGAGCUACAGGAGCAGGUUGGUGCUGCCGACCAAUCACAGUUGAAGGCGGUGCACGAGCAGCUGGCCGUCCUGUCCCAGGCUCCGGUCAGCAAGCCAAAGAAGAAGAAAGAGAAGAAAGACAAGGAAAAGAAGAAAGAAAAGGAGAAAGACAAAGGGAACAAGGGCAAAAUGGAGGAAGAGAAGAAGCCCAAGGCUGCCGCUCAGCAGCCCAAACCAGCCAAUCAGAAGAAAGCACCGGCCAGGAAAGCAAACAGCACGGUGACAGCCACUAGGCAACCUAAGAAAGGCACUAAGGCGUCGGGCGGUGGCUCGGCCAAUGGAGAUGACGGCGAGGAGUCAUCUCUGCCGAUGUCGUAUGACGAGAAGCGCCAGCUGAGUCUGGAUAUAAACCGGCUGCCGGGGGAGAAGCUGGGCCGCGUCGUCCACAUCAUCCAGUCCAGAGAGCCAUCGCUGAGGGACUCCAACCCAGAUGAGAUCGAGAUCGACUUUGAAACCCUCAAACCCUCCACACUCCGAGAGCUGGAGCGCUAUGUCAAGUCCUGCCUGCAGAAGAAGCAGAGGAAGCUACUGCAGAAAGCAGCCGGUGGCGGGGCCUCAGGAGGCGGGGCUAGUCGUUUGAGUGGCAGCUCCUCGUCCUCCUCUGAUGACAGCUCCUCAACAGGAACCUCCUCUUCCUCCGACACAGACUGAACACACACAUGUUACUGAACACACACACAGAGGUUUAUCCACUCUACACACACGCCGACGCAGACGAACACACAUCCACGUAAACUUCAUCCUGAACAAACACCCACACAAACAAAAGACAGAGAUACACACUCUGAACUUCUGACAACACACACCCCUAUAUAUAAAACACACACACGCCCAGACUCGGAGACUGUAUGUAAAUAGGCUGACCUGUUUUUUAGCUCCUAGUGUCGUUUUUUUUUUCCUGGAGGAAUGCAAACAGAAGAGAAGAAGAUGAGGAAAACAACAACUUCCCACCAAGAGAAGAAGAAGAAAGUAAGGAGACGUGUGGCAGGGCAUCGCUGACCUUUAUUCUUCUUCCUCUUCUUGGACGGCCGGCUGUGACCCCUGACCUCCGAAAACAUUCCAGAAACAUCUAUAGAGCAUCGUGGGAGAGGAGGUGAUCUCAGCGGGGUUUUACUCAACGUUUCGGGGUAUUGAUUGACUUUGGAAGUGGGGCUGCAAAAGAGCAUCCUCGUAAAUGUUCAGAGCAUCAUGGGACACUUGAAGGCCCCGCCGGGGGCCAAUCAAGUUCUUUCCAUAGAUUGUAGUUCUUAUCAGAUCUGCAAUAAAUCUAUAAUCAGUGAAACUGUUUCGACUGGAGACGAUCCAGUUCUGAUGGAUUAUGUUCAGACAUCAACUGGUCACAUGAGCUGACAGAACAGGAAGAGUUUGCUUUCCAAAACUCCACAAAUUGGCUUGAGGAGACGUGAAACUUGCUGCAGAGAGAAGAUCUUCAACGGCUCCGUCAUUAUUUAGUGACGCGCUUAAACAUCCACUCAGUGUUGGUAGUUUCUCAUCAGUUGAGUGGCUGAGCACUCAACUGAUGCUGUAGGUGCAGUCAGUCUGUCGCUCUCUCCACGCCGAAACAUUUCUGUAAUGAUGGCGUCUUGUAGCGGCGUCCAGGGUGACAUCACAGUGACUCUGAUGUGGUGCACGCCCCCUUGAUAAACAGCAGUUGUGUGCGGAGAGCGGCACGGGUCCAAACUGAAGCGGGAGGUGGCGUCUGUUGUCAGGACCGACUGUCUCUGGGACAUGUGAAGGGGGCGUGGUCAGAGUGUAACAUGAUAUUAAUCAGGUUUAAAUGCAGCUGACUUUAUUAGUUAUUUUCUCGAUCAGUUGUUUAGUCCGUGACGUCUUCAAACGUCCGGUUCUGUCCAGCCGAGGAGAUUCAGCGCGAGAUUCUCUCUCUGCAACCUGUUUCACGACGUCCCUGCAGCUGUUUUCUUUUUAUUAAACUGAUAAUCUUGAAUUAAUUUUCAGCUCAAAGGAAGGAAAUCCGUUGAAUAUUUGAUGGAUUCUCAGAAAGCCUGAUGUUUUGUUCUUAAAAUCAGAAGUUUGACUCAAACGGGAUCCAGGUUUCUUAUUUAAAAGUGAAAACCCUCUGAGACCCGUCCUCUGCUGGUCCUGCAACACAAACCCACAACCUCCUGUCUGUCCCCGGGGCCACCAGGCUCGGACCCCCCCCCCCCCCCCCAAACUGGCGCCGGCUCUGUCAGCAGAGAGCAAGACGAACUUUUUUUUUUUUUUUAACACUACAUUUCCUUUUAUUCUUCUGUUUUUGAUUUUUCAGGUUGUGCUGAACUUGUUUGUGUCUUAUAAGGUUCUCUAUAUAAAAAUGUCUUUGUACCGCUGUCUUGUUCCAGACCGACCCCCCCUCCACCAAAACAAACGCCCUCAUACUGUAACAGCCCCCGCCUCACGGGUACUUCCUGUCAGAGAUUAAACUCACGGCAGUUUUAGGUUCUUUUAAGUUGAUGAUUUUAGCAGGAGCUCACGGCGGCUCGAACAGAAGGAGAAGAAAACGUCUGCUGAGAAAAUAAAAAGCUUUUGUUAAAAGUUUCCCAACAAAAAAAGAAAGUUGCAACUGUGUAAAAAUAAAAAACAUCAAUGUCACGUUUGAAAUCUGUGAGGAAAAACAGCUGUUUAUUUUUUUAUCAGUUCAUUAUUUACUCUUUAAAAUGUCCAAAAUAAAGACUAGCUCGUUGUGAGGAGGCCACAUUUUUAUUGGUGUUUUCUUCUCUGAUCAGUAAAAACUAAACCUGAUCUGAUCAAUGAACCAAAGUCCGCUUUCAUCUCUCUUAAAUAACCUGUGAUCUGAUUGGCUGCAGCGGGGCCUCGUCAGCUCUGACUGAUUAACUGAAACUGUUUUAAAAACAAACCAGCAGAUUUUUUUAUUUCACCUGCUGCAGAAACACCCGAUGGUCCCUUUAGGCCAGCAGGGUCCUCGUGGCGUUCCCGAAGGAGUUCCUUGUGUUGUGGUGUCAGGUCGAGGUGAAGGGACGAAACGAGCUUUAACACGAGACCAAGACUGGUUGGUCGGGUAAAGUCUUGUGAAGCUUGUUAAAUCAAUUUCUCGUGUCCUCUGAACACAUGACAGGAAGAGAGCGCGUGUGUGCGGCGGCGUGUUCGAUGUGUCCCUGAAUCCUCCGGCAGAAGGUUAAAAUUUCCAAUUUUCCAACAUGGUUUUUGAACAUGAAGAGGCAGGCGGGGGAGAUUGUGUCGAUGCCGAUUGAACAAUCAGAAUGAAUCAUGACUCCUGCCCUCACACAGCUCACCUGCCUGUUUCCUGCAAACAAACGCCGCCUCCUCAUAUGUGACCUUCGACCUCUGCGGAAAGCUGAAAGCGUUAAAUGACAGGAAGCUCAACCUCGGAUUGUGGAUUUGGACGUUCAGACCAGGACUCGGGGGCUCGAUCUGGACUUGGGGAUCUUCAGACCUUCACGCACAGCCUUUGUUUAGCCCUGAGUUUUGCUUCUCAGGCUUUGUUCAUAUUCUGCCUCCUGCGAUCGGUGCAGAUUGUCGCUGAGUAAAGAUAUUAAAUGGUGUAAUUAUUGACUAACGAUGCCUUCACAGCAGGACGGAGACCUUGAAAUGAAUCUGCCGGUUCUGAUCACUGAUUUAAGUCGUGUUUUAUUUUCUGAUCAUUUCCUGUUUGAUCUAACUUCACAUGUUUCUGAAGCUUUCAACCAAAAGUCACGGCCUUCAUCAGCGGCUUGUUGAUCGUGUGAUGAAUUUGAGCUUUUUUCUUUAAACUUGUUGGGAAACUAAAAAAAAAAAAAAUAGUUUUUGCUUUGGACAUUUUACAGACUUUAAUAAUUAAUAACCUAAAAGCAUCAGUAAGGAGAAACGGGCCUCGUCUCCCGGUGUGACGGACAGUCGGACAGCCCGUUGCCACAGUAACCCUCCUCUGUUUUUAGUUGAUGGUCGAGCUUUGAAGCUAAUAGUUAAUUUUUGUAUUUUAAUAAGAAAAAGGAAAAAAGUGAUUUUAUGUAUUUGCAUGCACUCCGGCCGUACGUUCUUUCUUCCGUAUGUUUGAGCACUGUAUAGUAGCUGUAUAGUAGCUGUCUGAGGUUUAGAACGAACUCCGCUCGCUAGAGUAGAGACACCGAGAGAGACAGAGAGAGGACGAACCGACGAAAAACCAACAAGUGAAUUAUUUGAUGUAAUUACUGAUAUGGGAUCCUUAUUUUCUGAGUUCCUUUGUUUUCAUAAAUAAACACAUAAACUGA